CUUACUUUAUUCUGUUCAAAUUCGAUUGAUGCUUUGCUGCUGCUGAGAACGAGGCUCAGUUUCAAUAAAAAGUUGAAAUUGAAAUUGUAAAAAAGAAAAUCAGCCCUUCUCCCUCUUUCUCUCCCUCUCCAAAAUUGGCAUUCUCUUGUCUCACACUCAUUUUUGACUCAUUCUCUCUUUGUCAUAGUCGCAUUCAGUGACUGUAUUGUGUCUGUGUGCAGUGUGAAUCGUUUUCAUUAAGAAAGAAAAGACUGAAUCUUGUGAGAGAUUCUUGCAUUGAUGUUCGAAUGCUGAAAGUUGAAGCUUUUUCCGAAAUUGAGGAUGCAUAUGUGAGAAUUUCGUUGCUUUUUUGCAUCGGCCUUGCGAUUUAAAGAAUUGGAAGACAGGGAGCAGGAAAUUUUUGUUAUUCUUUAGUUGAUUUGAGCAAAAGUUUAGAUUUUGUUGGUCUAGUGGGGGUGGGGUUGGGGUGCAAAGUGUUGAAGUUUGCCGUAUGAAAGAAUAGUGUGCAAAGAUGAAGGAUGAAAAUUCCAAGAAAUCCAAGCUCUCAUGGUCCAAGAAAUUGAUCAGAAAAUGGUUCAAUAUCAAGAGUAAAAGUGAGGAGUUUCAACCUGAUGAAGCUGUUUAUGGAGGUGGUGAUGUUGAAUGGAGGAACAGCUUUUCUGAGAGGGAACCAUCCAGAGUCAAGAAAAUUAAAACAGAAAAAUCAGCAAGGAACAUCGAGCGCUCCUUUUCCCGUUCACGUUCAAGGCGUGGGAGAGCAUACCUUGAUCACCCUCAGAUCAUAAACAUACAGAACUACAGCCUCUUUGUAUCCACAUGGAACGUGGGAGGAAAGACGCCACCGGGAAAUUUGAACUUAGAUGAUUGGCUCCACUCUUCACCUCCUGCUGAUAUAUAUGUGCUUGGGUUUCAAGAGAUAGUUCCUCUCAAUGCUGGUAACAUUCUUGGUGCUGAAGACAAUGGUCCUGCCAAGAAAUGGCUUGCUCUCAUUAAGAGAACUCUGAACAAUGCCCCAGGCAUGAGUGGAGGCAGCGGGCGCUACACUCCCUCGCCUAUUCCUGAUCCCGUUGCUGAGUGGAAUGCUGAUUUUGAGGGGUCAAGCAGGCACAAGGCCUCAACAUUCUUCCCCCGUCGAUCAUUCCAGACGCCACAGUGGAGAAUGGAGAAUGACAUGUCUGCCCCUCAGCCUCGUCUUGAUCGGAGGUACAGUGUGUGUGAUCGGGCCAUUUUCGGUCAUAGGCCUAGCGACUAUGACCCGAGGGGUUAUAGGCCAAGUGACUGUUCGUCGAGCCAAAGGGCAAGUGAUUAUUCUUCUAGCCGACGUCCGAGUGAUUAUUCCUGCGGACCCCGAGCAAGUGACUACUCAUCCAGUAGGAGGCCGAGCGAUUACUCGUGGGGCCAGAGGGCGAGUGAUUUUUCGCGCUUGGGUUCAGAUGAAGAUUAUCCUCCUGGAGAUUCACCUAGCACGGUCUUGUAUUCACCGAUGUCUUACAAUGCGUAUGAGCCACCGGAAAAUGGGUACUCCAUUCCCGGACACUCGAGAUAUUCUUUAGUAGCUAGUAAGCAGAUGGUUGGGAUAUAUCUCACUGUUUGGGUUCGGAGUGAGCUGACAGAACACGUCAAGAACAUCAAGGUUUCGUGCGUUGGAAGAGGAUUGAUGGGUUACCUCGGAAAUAAGGGAUCCAUCUCGAUUAGCAUGUUAUUGCAUCAAACGAGCCUUUGCUUCGUGUGCAGUCAUUUGACGUCCGGUCAGAAAGAAGGCGAUGAGCUACGUCGAAAUUCUGAUUUCAUGGAGAUUUUGAGAAAAACAAAAUUCCCUCGAGUUAACGGUGCCAACGAGGAGAAAGCACCCGAGACCAUUCUUGAACACGAUCGAAUUAUUUGGCUUGGAGAUCUGAACUAUCGAAUUGCGCUGCCUUACCGCUCUGCUAAAGCACUUAUCGCAAUGCAAAAUUGGCGAGCGUUAUUGGAAAAGGACCAACUGCGGAUGGAGCAGAGGCGAGGUCGUGUUUUUGAUGGGUGGAGAGAAGGGAAGAUAUAUUUCCCUCCUACUUAUAAAUACUCACAUAACUCAGAUAGAUAUUCUGGAGACGACCUGCAUCCUAAGGAGAAACGAAGGACACCUGCAUGGUGUGAUCGAAUUUUGUGGUAUGGUGGUGGCCUUCAGCAAUUAUCGUAUGUUCGUGGGGAGUCUAAGUUUUCGGAUCAUAGACCUGUUUCUGGUGUGUUUUGGGCGGAGAUUGAGUCAACACCGAACCGGCUGAGGAAAAGUAUGAGCUGCUCAAGCUCAAGAAUCGAGGUGGACGAGCUGUUACCUUACUCACAUGGUUAUACAGAACUCUGCUUCUUCUAACAAAGGGGGAACGAAAUGAAUCUGCUUGAAAUGAUACCAAAGGUGUGCUGAAAGCUGCCCCAUGUGUGCAGCUCGUGUCUCUGGGCUUUUUCUAGGAGACGAACGAUGGGGACAUCUCUCUGCCCAUAAACCAAGAAAGGAUCAGAUGUAGAUAUUUAACUUUACACGACGUGCCUUGAUUGCCUAAUUCAUUUUCAAGAUUCUUGAAUUCCCGGCACUGGGCGACUACCGGGUUCCAAAUGCACCUCGUUGACUAGGUAACGUCUUUUGGUCAUUCCAUGACCCCUGGUUGUCGAAUGCUCGAGUUCAUACAGUUGUCAGAAUGAUCAUCCAAGUGGGAAUGCAGGAUUCUUGUUUUUCUUUAGAUUUUUGAGAUUCUUUAUUUGUUAGACCUAGAUUCUUUUUUGUUUUGUUGUAUGAUGAGUGAAGAAAAAGAAGAGAAAAGAAUGUGAUGUAACACUCAUUGCUAACGUGGUAUGAGAAAAGAAUAUAUAUUUGGCCAAUGAUUUAUGCUGAAAAGUUGUUUCUUGGUUGCCUCCCAUCA